AUACUCCAAAACCACCAAUAUUAGCUAGUGUUAUACCAGUAUCAAUAUCAUCUAUUAGUUUAUCUUGGUUAGAUGUUAUACAACCUGAUUAUACCAAUAUAUCAUAUUAUAGAAUAUAUUAUAAACAACGAUUAGAAGAGAAUUUUAACUUGUUAACAGAUAAACUAGAUACGAAACUAAGUGACUAUGAAGUUACUAAUCUAUUAGCUGGUACAGAGUAUAUAUUUACUAUGGCUAGUCAGAAUGAUGUAGGUAUUGGACCUAGAAGUAAUGCUAUAUCAGCUAUAACAUUUGAAUCUGGUAUGUUGGUUUUUUAUUUAUAA